AUGGCACUCACUGUUUCUGAACACCUUCCCAACAAGCUCGUCUUGGUGACCGAUGGUGCGCAACCGACCCAGUUCAAUGGCAAAUCAUCAAGCAACUUCUCGAGUGCGUUGUCCACGCAAUUCAUCCGCCUCGGCGCCUUCGAACGCGUCGAAAUCAGCUCCCAGUGCUCCAACCAGUCGGUUUACCGAAAGACAGUCAAGGACGUACACGCCGUCGUCCACGCGGCAACCCUUCCCGGACCCAACAAGCCGCCAACGGAGCCCCGGAACCUCACAGACCAAGCCGUCAUCUCCAUGCUGGAGUCCGCAGCGCACGAGGUAUCAGUCGGGGCAUUCGUUUACACGAGCUCGCUCACGGCGAUGGUGCCGUUUGUCAAUGAGGGGGACACGUUCGUGGCCGAAGACAUGUGUAACAAUGGCGGCCGCGCUCCUUUGGAGAUGGGGGGCGCUGGUCCCACGCAAGCUCAUCGGCACGUCGAUGUCGGGGACGCGGCCCUGCUGCAACUUGCAGAUAUUUUCGACGAGAGGAUCUCCAACGAGCGUGUCCUGGCGCGGGGAUGUUACCGGGACCGGGACGACAUGAUGCGGGACCAAGCGAUCACGAAGGCCAGCAAGACGCUAGGCGAGGAGUUCGACUUUGAGAAGGCGAGGGGGGAGGCUUCUGCCAAGGUCCUGGGCAUUUUCGCUGACAAGAGGUGGAAGGGAUAUGGACGCUGGAAAGAAUUCGGGAAGACAAUUCGCGAGAGUCUGGUCCGUUUCGACGCCAACUAG